UAGGUGAACAAAAUAGGUGAGCACAUAGGGUGUACCUAGCAACUAUAUAUAAAUGUCCACACCUGCCUCUGCUUCCGUGUCUACUUCAAAGCUUACAAGGGCAUUGAGGCCACCAAUUCAAUGUACUAAAAGCAUAACACAUGGGCCUUCACUUUUCAUGCUCACCUAGCUUUUAACCCUGAAAAAGAAAAAAGGAAAAAAAAAGUUAUAUACCGACCAAAUACAAAUAGUCUCUUCCAGAAGAAACUCAAUCACCUGUUUUGUUUAUCAGAAGAAGACCAAAUGCAAAUAUCUUCUGAAAAUUCAGUGUCAAGUAUGAGAUUCUCAGUGGUGUGUUUUGUCUUACUAUUAUUGGUGGUAGUUGAGGCAGCUACAAGUUUCAGUUUCACCAACAGAGAGAAGAAGCUACAUGAAUUCAAGCACAAACUUGAGCAAAAGCUAAUUACUAGUACUCCUUUAGCAUCACCACCUGCUUCUUCAGAAACAAAAUUGAGGGGAAGGGUGUUGUACUUGAGUGAAUAUGGUGCGGACCCAACAGGAUCAGAAGAGAGCAGUGAUGCCAUUUUGAAAGCUGUGGAGGAUGCAUUUGAGUUGCAGAAGAAGGGUACUCUUGAAAUGGUAGCAGGGUUGAAUGACUUGGGAGGUGUUGUGAUUGAUUUGCAAGGUGGAAACUACAGAAUCAGCAAACCCAUUACUUUCCCUUCAUCUGGGGGUGCCAAUGUUCUGGUGCAAGGAGGAACCUUGAGAGCGUCUGAUACUUUUCCUGGUGACCGGCAUCUAGUUGAGCUAUGGUCAUCAAAUUCCAAGAAACUUGAUAGAACAGAAUCUCCCCAAGAUGAUGAAGGACUAAACGACAUGAAGGCCCAAAACAAUGCAAUUUACUACGAAGACAUAACCUUCAGGGACAUCCUCUUCGAUUCAAGCUACAGAGGAGGAGGGCUUUUCAUAAUCGAUUCUGCCAGAAUCCGAAUCAACAACUGCUUCUUUCUGCAUUUCGCCACAGAAGGAAUUCUGGUCCAGCAAGGACACGAAACCUUCAUAUCAAGUUGUUUUCUCGGGCAACAUCCGACCAUUGGCGGCGACAAAGGUGAGAGGGAUUUCUCAGGGGUUGCAAUUGAUCUUGCUAGUAAUGACAAUGCAGUCACAGAUGUUGCAAUUUUCUCAGCAGCAAUUGGUGUUGUGUUGAGGGGCCAAGCUAACAUUCUAACAGGAGUGCACUGUUAUAACAAAGCUACAUAUUUUGGUGGCGUUGGAAUCUUAGUGAAAUUGCCAGGGAAUUCACAAACUAGAAUUGAUAACUGUUAUCUUGAUUACACUGGUAUAGUCAUGGAAGACCCUGUUCAAGUUCAUGUCACUAAUGGGCUAUUUCUAGGGGAUGCUAAUGUUUUAGUGAAAUCUGUGAAGGGUCAAGUUUUGGGGUUAAACAUUGUGGGUAAUAUGUUUAGUGGUGAUCCUAAUAAGAAGGUUCCAAUUGUGAAGCUUGAUGGGGAGUUUAGUAACAUUGAUCAAGUGGUGAUUGAUAGAAACAAUGUGAAUGGCAUGGGGUUGAGAUCAACCGUUGGAAAGUUAACUGUGAGUGGAAAUGGGACAAAGUGGGUGGCUGAUUUUUCAUCAGUUUUGGUGUUUCCUAAUCGGAUUAGUCAUUUUCAGUAUUCAUUCUAUGCUCAAGAAGAGCCUAAGUUUUUAGCACACUCUGUGACCAAUGUGUCAGAUAAUGUGGUCAUUGUGGAGAGUGAGAAGGAAGCUAAAGGGUUGGUCUCCUUUGUGGUAGAACAAUAAGAAGGAAGAUAGAGUUAUUGUAUUCAAUAAUGUAUAAAAACAAAUGCAGUGAUGUUUCAGCUUUUGAUUUUUU